AUGAUGGGCACCCACAUAUUCCAUCAGUUGCUUUUCUUUUCUGGGUCAGUGGAGCGUCAAAGGCACACAUCCAACCAGUCGCUACGUCUGAGCGAUGUGCUACUAGGCUGUGGUGUCAACGUGGCACCCCAGUCCGGCAACUACUCGGGCACGCCCGCACCGCCACCACCACCUUCUCAGCCGCAGCAGCAGCAGCCGCCGAUGAAGACGUGUCAGGCAUGCCAGCAGCUCAUUCACCGCAAUGCACCUAUCUGUCCCCUCUGCAAAACCAAGAGCCGUUCCAGACACCCCAAGCGACCCAAGGUACGGGGCGCUCUUGCCCAGUUACCCUCCACCUCAGUUACACCCAUCCCUUCCGCCACCCCUACGGUAGUUCAAACCUCCACUUCUCCCUCAAAUACCACUAUCGAGGACGCCUAA